CUUGACAUUUCAGAGGCGGCAGCUGGAAGAGAUCAGAGGGGAUAUCACUCAACCAUUAGCCUGUUCAUCUAGCUCUCAUCCCACCCCCUUCAGUCCCGACGUCACGCAUCAAAUACGGACGGAUCCGGCUGUAAAUCCUCCACUUGCGCUCUGAGCGGCCGGCUGAGCGCAUCCUGUGCCACAUGAAGCCCCAACCAGCGACGCACGUGAAACCGGACUGAUGCUGUUAACAGUAUCACAUACAUGACUUUUUUUCCCCCCACUCUGGUCUGUCUAUUUUCCUCAGUUUUUAAUCUACGUAUGCCUUAGUCAAAGGAAAGUGGACGGUUUUUACUUUUCUUUUCCUCACAGCCCGUCGUCCGCUUGAUUUGAAAUAAACCAAGUUGAGUUGGACUUCAUUGUGGUUAAAGCUCGUUACGUGCUUGCAUCAGGCUGCGAGGGCGCAGAGCUUUCAGGUUUAAAAUGAGCGAAGGACUUGAGACCAACUUGACUCAACCCUAUGACAACUGGACAUUAUACAACUCCUCCUUGGAGUCCAUCAUACCCAGGAACAACAUCACCUAUGUUGGAUUUUACCUGCAUCAGCCGUCCACAGCAGCCAUCUUCAUCGUGUCCUACCUGCUGAUCUUCCUCGUGUGCAUGGUGGGGAAUGGAGUGGUGUGUUUCAUCGUGCUGAGGAGCAAAAACAUGCGGACUGUCACCAACUUGUUCAUUCUGAACCUUGCUGUGAGCGACCUCCUGGUUGGGAUUUUCUGUAUGCCCACAACACUUCUUGACAACAUAAUUACAGGAUGGCCUUUUGGGAGCCUGGUCUGCAAAAUGAGUGGCAUGGUUCAAGGGAUCUCUGUGUCAGCAUCCGUCUUCACUCUGGUCGCUAUUGCUGUUGACAGAUUCCGAUGCAUUGUCUACCCCUUCAAGCAGAAGCUGACCAUAUCCACAGCCACCUUGAUAAUAGUCAUUAUCUGGGUUCUGGCCAUAUCCAUCAUGUGUCCCUCUGGGGUGAUGCUACAAGUGACCAAGGAGCAAACCAUUCGGGUGUUACUGGGCUAUGACAACAAAACGAGCCCGUUCUAUUGGUGCAGAGAGAACUGGCCAAACCAGGAGAUGAGGAAGAUCUAUACCACUGUCCUGUUUGCAAAUAUCUACCUUGCCCCCCUCUCCCUCAUCGUGAUCAUGUACGCUCGGAUUGGCAUUACGCUUUUCAAAACAGCAGUCCCAACAGGAGGGAAGCCGGGCCACGACAACCGCCACACUGUGUCAAAGAAAAAGCAGAGGGUGAUUAAAAUGCUUCUUAUAGUUGCUUUGCUUUUCAUCCUUUCCUGGCUGCCUCUGUGGACCCUCAUGAUGUUGAGCGACUAUGCCAGCCUGACUGAGCAGCAGUACAGAAUCAUCAACAUUUACAUUUAUCCCUUCGCCCACUGGCUAGCCUUCUUCAACAGCAGCGUCAACCCCAUCAUCUACGGUUUCUUCAAUGAGAAUUUCCGCAGCGGAUUUCAAGCUGUGUUCAAGUUCAACUUGUGCACGGCGGACAGACAGCGGAGGAAACCCUACUCACACAGGCUGCAGGGAAACUCUGUGCUCCCAGCCAACAAUGUACAAACCACUCUGGAGCCUAUUUCUCUCAACAGCCUGGAUAAGAGCACUUCCAGGCGACUCAACCACGUCACUCAACAGGACUUGGUCAUGGAGGACCUGGAAAAGGCAUCUUGCAGUAGCGGGGGUGUAACUGCAGUGUCUAUUUGAGGCGACGCAUGGAAUCAUUCUUCAAGGUGAUAAGCAAAGGUGUUAACGUUUCAAGAAAAUUUCCCUCACAAUUCAGCAUAAGUAAACUGCAAGGCUCACCUGAAGAGGUUUUAGAACCUGACAUUUAUAUGUAAUUUACCCGAGGCAAUUUAAUACUGUUAAGAAAAACAGACAAAGUACAAAACAAACGGAGAAAAUACACUAACAGUAAUUUAUCCUUUUGACUGUCCUGCACCAUUAAAAAACAUUAAACGCAGCCAGGUUUGCUCCUGAAAUACAUACAUGACUAAACCGAAUAUUUAUCGAUUACCAAUCUGAAAAGAGAAGAUUCAAUUUGGUUGUUAAUCUUUAUUUAUCACCUUAGAGGCACACAGUGUAUGUUGCGCAUAUUGUGCCAUGUUUAAAAUGGAAGCAGGUUGUGUUGUUGUAAUCCACAAAAGGGAAUACAAGACUUAAAGCGCUCAUUGUCCAGUGCAUAAUUAAUCAAUUAGGAUUGGUUGACAUUUCAUUGAGAAAACUGCAUGUAAAAACGUAUAAAGAUGCAUCAGACCUACUGUAUGUACUGUGAUAUUUGCAGAGCAGAUUUCAAAAGUAAAAGUAACCACUCAAUUUAGGAUUACAUUUAAUUUCCUUGCAGAGUAGCACAUUAGAUGAAAAAAAAAACUUCAGCACAUGUUAAAGUAUUUUCAAACCAUGAACAGAAAAACCACCACAUCACCCAACGAUGAACUGAUUAAGUCUUUUCACUUGUUGUUAGAUCAUCGACGCAGCAGCAUGUCUCACUGAUUACAGAGCAGUAGCCCACCUACCUCUGAACGCAAUCUGAGCCUGAAUUUCUCCUUCAUUACUUAGUCUGACAGUGAGUUUAUGUUAGUUUUUUCCUUUUUGACAGGCCAAUCAGUAAAGAGUGACAUAUCAGUCUCAUUAACAUCCAUUCAAAACCACAAGAUUUAGAACCAGACUAAAGUAAAGUAACCCACCAUGUAUAAUUUCAAACCUCACACUAUAAAAUGUAGUAUAAGUGCUGCUGAUAGAAGAUGUUACAUGUCUUGCCAUUGGUCUACUUUGCUUACGGUAAUGUAAAAUAAUUAAUGUCAACGGUUAUGGUAAAGUUAUGAUUAAGGUAAUGAUUUGUUGGUGUUAAAAUGUUUGAACCUUUAAUUAUAAAAAAGGGACACUUAGUUUGUCUCAACUCAUUAAAAUACUUCACCUCAGCCAUUAAGAUUACAGUUUUAUUCAAUGAUACAGUAUACAUUUAGUAGAUUUGCACAUAGAUGGAAAAUUCUGCAGGUGUCUAACAUUAACACUGUUCCUUAUUGUUUUUGUUGUUGUUUUUGUUUUUCAAAGACCGUUUGGUACCGACAAGAGGAGAAAGCUAUGAUUAUGAUUGUUUAUGAUCCAUCUACUUAAAUUUUUCCCCAGGCUUUUAUUCUGAAAUCUGCACUGUAAACACGUACAUGAAAGUUUAAUGAUGCUGGAUUCAACAUUAUUUAUUCAUGAAUAUUCUCAUGAGCCUGUAAUGAAUGUGCCAUGUAAAUCUCAGAUAAAGUGUUUUGCUGUUAUUGUUUUUUUCCUUUCUCUAUGAACAGUCUUGCGCAGUUAACCUGUACAGUAAAUGGGGAAAAACAGAUCCAGCACUGGCCCCUGAACGUGCAUCGUCUGCUGUAAAUACGUGUUACUGAGUCAGAAGCGUAGAAUACAAGUGAUAAUGUGAAUCUGUUCGUCUGUGUGAAAUACUGUAGCUAUUAUGAAAAUUCUUGCAGGGUGGUGUAGUAAACAACAUUUGGUUCAAAGGUGUUUUACAUACUUUCAGUCUCUACUGUUGGUGGUCUGUUAAAUUUCCCAAAAUUUGUAUAAAAAAGACGUAAAAACUCAAAAACAUCAGAAACAUCAUCAGCUAAUGUCUUAAACCACAUAUUCAUAAUUUCUUCUUUUUUUUUUUUUUUUUUUUUAAACAACUAUGUGAUAUGUCUCUGGCAGCCAUGUUGGAGAUCCUUAACACUACCAAUAUCUGUACAAUGGCAGUGUACUACUGCUCCUGCCCUGUUCAUAAGAGCUUUUACAUUCAGGUUUUGAUAGGAAAACUCUACUGCAUCAGAAGGGAUAGGUUUUUAUGUUUGUAAGAGCAUCAGCAGCAGCUUGUUGUUGCUCUUACCUGUUGCAGACAUCAACACAUUGCAUGGGAAGCACUCAACAGAACACUUGAACUCAGCAUAAAUUCAAGGACACAGAUCAUCAAAUGUACAGCUCAAGGCUGUGUUAGACAUUUCUGACAAUGUGCCAUGCAGUGUGGCAUUCAAUUUCAAAGUCGUGUGGUGGAGUUCUGGAAACUGAGAUGCAUUUAAUUAGUUUUCCCCUCUCCCAAUCUUUAGCUUUUGUCUGCUGAUAUCACAUUUUCAAGAAAAAAAAAGAAAAAAAAAUCAACUAAAUUGUAAGUGUUUCAGCAGCAGGCUUUUGCUGUUUGACUCCCUCAGAAUAUUUCUGCACUGCAGCACUUAAGAUUUUGACACUUGUCACAAGAAGGCGCCUUUGUUUUUGACAAGUUGUCUGCAAAGAUCUCGAUGGAUAUCUACGUGUAGCAUGUCAAAAGCAACUGGAUUUUCUGUUUGGUACAUUGGAAGGCGUUUUAACCUUGCUGAUCUCAAGUACUGACAUGACAGUCAAGAGUCACACAAUAAUUAUGAGUUGUUGGACCAAAAUAACUCUCAGUACUUAGAUUUUUAGAUUUAAAGAUAAAGAUAAGUAAAUUGAAAACACCACAGGGAUCAUAAAACAUACUGCCGCAUCUAAAGGGACCUCCAAGAUGGCACCAGACAAACAGAUGGGAGACAAAUUAAAAGGAAAAACCAAUAUAAAGUGUCUUAGUAAUGUGUUGCCAGAACAGCUUCAGUGCACAUUGACAGUCUCUGGAGGGAUGUACACCGUUCUUCCAAAAGAUUUUCACUCAUUUGGUCUUCAGUUGGGUUGGGAUCACAUCAUUUUCAUGCUCAAACCAUUCAGUGACCCUGCGUGCUAUAUGGAUGGGGGUAUUUUCAUCCAGUUUCUUCACUUCGUUAUCAGGUUUCUCCUUUAAUUUGUCACCUGUCCGUAGCUGCUAAGAGUUUUCUCACACCCUCUGUACUGAACUCACACCUUCAGUCUUUGUGCUCAUAACUCAUUCUGCCAUGCAAUGUUACUGAAUCCAACAGAGAGAUCUUAUUCUCUCUGGUGAAAAGGGUUCAUGCCCCCCUUUUGGCUAUGUGAUGUGUUAACGCAUUCAGCAGCGGGGCCCCUUUGCAACUCUGAUUUGACCCUUUUUUGUGGAGCCAGUCACAUGUCCUCAGUGAAUACUGCUACUCACUUGAGUCCAAUGAGUGAGUGCUGUUGUCCAUUAUACAUACUGACAGAAUUUAUUAUCUGUGAUUUUCUGCUUGACUGACCAUCUGGAGAGCUUAUUCAUAUAUCCAGUUAUAAUUGGAUGUAAUUCCUAUGGGCUACAGAACAUACUGAGUGCAUCUGUGAGUGUUAUGUAGGCUACAAAGCAUUGUAAGUGAAUCAAAACAGAAUUCAAAUUAUUUUUAAUCUAUUAUUCUUUAUUGAAUCUAAUAUUGUACGUUUUGGCUUUCUGAAAUUUAAAGUUAAAGCUGGAGUGCCAGACUUUUACAUGAAAGUUCAUCACAUGCAAGCCCUCACCAAUCAAGUUCACUCAAUGUUGAUUAAGCCCAUCAGUGGCAGGUAAAUCUCUCUGUACUCAGUGUGCUGGAGUUUUAAUCUCUUAUCCUGCCUAAAAGUCUGCGGCGACUUUCCCGCGCUGUUCACAGAUAGUGAUCUGUUUUACAUCAACCAACCAGAGCUGGAGACGGUGUUCUGUUGUCCAUUUGUAUUUUAUAAACAUAUCUGUAGGCUCAAUUAAGCUGCAUUAUUACUCUGACUUUUAUUAUGUGUCCCCCGUGCAACUCGGCACAACAUGCUGAAGGUUCCUAGAUGAAAUGCAUGGCAAAGAACUGUCAGCAGGUCGUACUGUGUUGCACUGGGGAGAGGGCACAAUAAAAGUCCACAAAACAACAUGCAGCUGUCUGUCGGAGGCUUGUGUUGAGCCUCCAGAUAUGUUUCCAAUAUACAUAGACAACAGAACAUGGUGUUAGAAAGAGUGACCGAAGCGACGGAGCGACAAACCCAGGAAGCAUCCAAGAAAAGUUGCUGAUGCUGCAGAGAAAAGAGGAAACUCUGUGUUCAGAGGAAGGAUUCCAGUCUAAAAAAGAAAAUGAUUGACCAACAGUGUAAUUGCUCUCACUCUCAAAAAUCUGGGUAUUUUCCUCAGACUCAGAACUUGGCUCCAAAGUGGGAGCAGUGACGAGAAAUCCAACCUCAUUUCGAGGUCAAAUUUAGAAAUGAGCCACAGAAUAAAAACAUCAAAAGGUCAGUCAGUUUGUUGCUCUUUAACGCUUACAGCUAUGGCUAGGCAUCGUUUCACAAAAUGUUGGACACCGAUGCCAACACCACAACUGAGUUUUGGUGCCGAUUACAAAGUAACAAUCUUUACAAUACCAUAUUUGGGGAAAGGUAAACAAACCCUUUCCCGUUCUUUAACAACAUAUGCCAAACUAAGUAAUCUGAUGCCAACUUUCUACACUAAACACAUGGUCAGUCAGUAUUGAGGAUCAAUACCCAGCUCUAUUCACAACUUCAACUUGUAAUUGAGUAUUUCCUACUACACAGUGAAAAAGAAAAAAACAAAAUAAUUACAAUGUAAAAAAAAAAAAAAAAGAAAAAACUCACAAUUUUCAGUUUUGUUUUCAUGGGUUUUGAGCAGCCAUUUGAAAAGAUUUAUUCCUUCCAAAGAAGUCAGGGUUCUCUACAAUGCUUUAACAGACUACAAGACACUUGACAUUUUGAAGAAUUGCUCAUGUCAUGCAUCAUUACAAUAGACUCAUUUGGUACAAACAAGAUGUUAAGUGUCUCCAGCAUUGAAUGUAAUGAAUUAGUACUUUUUGGUGCCUGUGGUGAAAAUUUUUUUUUUUUUUUUAAUCGUUUGUUUGUUUUUGUUUUUUUUAACAAGUGUGAAUGAAAUACUGUGAAUUUCUUUUUUGAAUCUCUUGGUACCUUUGUAUAGUCUGCAUGUGAAUAGCUUGUGUACCAGCAUGUGGGGUUUUUGUGUCGGCACCUACAUGUUCUUAAAUGAUGUUAAAUGACAAUUUUAAAGAUUUAUUUGUUGGGACACAAAUUCUGAUGGUUUUUAUAGAAAGUAAUGAAGUAAAUGGUGUCCUAUUUAAUUGUGAAGGGCUAUUCAUCACAUGAUCUAUUACCUCUGUGAUUGUCUGCAAAAAAUUUAAUAACUGCAAGAUUUAUGGUGAAGGUUCUGGCUGUUAGCAAAGGCUUGUUCAGGCUUGCUAUAUAUAAAAGAGGUUUGAGGAUCUAAUUACUAGAAGAUUUUAACUGACGAAAACUUCUGUGCCUCUGGGAAAAAGCAAAUUCCUACAGUAUUAUAUUUGCCUAAUAGAGGCAUGCACAAUGAAUAUAAAAUCAAGUACUGACUAUGUUAAUGUUACACACACAGCUGCUGCUUGACAAUAUUUUCUGGCUAAUUAGAGAUUUAGACUGAAAGGAUUAAAAUAGUGCCGGGAGCUGUGUUGGCGGAGGCGUGUUGUUCAAGUACAAGUGCAACAAUAACAAACAAUCUAGGUUGUCCAGUUGGGGUAACACAUGAACACAUUUAAAAAGGCUUACCACAAGCCAAAACAACAGUUUGUAAUACUCGCAGACAAGAUAUAACAACGUCGCGAUCAUGGUGCAACUUGUUUUCUCAUUGGUCACCAUGAUCGUCAAGUCUGCAUUGGCAUCCCAACUGUGUCGCGGCCGGUGGUUACUAACUAAUUAGCAUCAACGAAAGAGCAUUUUAAGUAGAACAGUGGAGGUAAAUGCAACUUUGCAAUGAAAUGUAGAUGGGCCAUUAUGUAAGCAAUGCACAAUGAAGUGUUCUGAUUCAUUUGAAAAUAACUGAUAUGUAAGUUCACCACCAUCAGAGGCUCCACCAGGCCUGUUAUGAUUAUGUAUCAGAGCAGCUCAGAGUGGAUUAUCGCUCUCAUACUGUGGCAAGUGACCAAAGAAAAAAAGUUUGGAAGUUUUCAAAUUGGUUUUCUUUUUUAAAAUGUGUUUGUAGAGAGUUAAUUAGUAAUGCAGCACGAGUAAGUUUUGGAUGCGUCACUGAUUUAUACCAGCGAUUAAACUUAACCAGUAUCAUGAUACACAAUUUACACAAACACAACUAAUCAAUAAUGAGUAUUUUCCAUGGUCACAUUAAUUAGGCAACAUGUAAGUUCAUGUCAAUUGGAAUACUAAUGGAAUAAUUUAACAAGCCGACCAUGUAAACAACUUAAUAAAGAAUAUUUUAUUCAGAAAGGGUUCAUGUAUAUGUCAGUGAAUGAUUCACCUACCAUCCCUCAUACUGAAUCAUUCAAACUAAAUGAACUAGAAGCUAUUUUGAGACUGACCAACUCUAUAAAAAUUGAUAUUGCUUAUUCUUCAUGGAAAUUUCUCAGCAACCCACAAGAUUAACUCUAAUAUUCAUUGUAAAUUGCUGUGCUUUUGCUAAGAGAUGGGGUCUGGGACAAACAUGUUCUGCUGCGACGAUAAGGAUGCUGAAAAUAAAUGAGAGCAGUAUCUCUGCGCUGAAAUCA